AUGAGAAUCUCUCUCUUUUCCUGGUUGCUUUCCUUUCUCUGCUUGGCGGCAACCGUCCAGGCAGCCUCCCACAUGGGAUCGGAAGCAGCCUCCCUGAAAGGCUACCUGGUGGACAACAAGUGCCUGGAACUCUGUGCCAACACCCCCGAGGGCACAGCCUGUGCUCCGGACGGGACCAAUCCCGUUUUCGAGCCAGCGAAACAUACUGGUUGGUGCCUCUUGCUCCAGGUUUGCAUCGACUCUGGAUACUCCCUCGUUUCGCCAACUCCAAACCCUGACACUGGGAAGCAUGAUGUUCUUCUUGGAUUUUCGGGAGAGGAAGCUCAGGCAACAAUUUUGGAGUUCAUUCAGAAAGGAACUUCGGGUAUGUUCCCACUGGUGGAAGUUAUGUAUGAUAACGAUAAAAUGAUGAACACAGACGGCGUCCCUGUCGCUUCGACCAAUGUUGUCGUCCAAGAUCCUUGGGCUACGGAUGACACCAAAUACACUGGUGAUGAAACCUACCAAGUGGAAUGUCUCGAUUCUACCGCUCCUGACAUCGCUGCCAAUAAUAUGUGCUACCGAUCGGAUGUGGAUGUUUCGGUAGAAGGUGAUGUGAUCACCAUUGAGAGUAACGGAUGUCCUGAUCAUGCCAAUAUGGCUGGUAGCAAGGGUACCAUUGCCAACUCGCAACCCGAUCCAACUCCUGGUAAUAAUGGCCAAGGCAGUGGUGGCUGCGGAACUUCUGGUGGCUGCGGAGCUUGUGGUGGCGGCUGUGGCGGUGGAUGCGGAGCUGCAUCCACUGAACCCAAGAAUAUCGAAAUCGAAUGGACCGUCACUGCUUACGAGAACAUUACUGCUUAUGUUGGAGAUACUCUGACCUUUACCUACACGCCCUUCCACGAUGUGUCCAUGCAGAAGGCAUACGACUGCGACGACAUGGACAGUGUCCUUUUGGCAGGCGUCGACGAUUCGCCCUUUGUCUUUACUUUUACCGAAGAACACAUGCCACUUACAAUCUUUGCAUGCCAACAACCAGGUCAUUGUGCGGCCAACCAAAUCAUUGCCAUUGAAGUCAAGGAACACGAAUGGAAGUGUGGUGCCGGAUGCGGUGCAGGAUGUGGAGCAGGUUGCGGGGCUGGCUGUGGUGCCGGAUGUGGCGCCGGGUGCGGAGCAGGUUGUGGAGCUGGCUGUGAUGCCGGAUGCGGAGCUGGUUGUGGAGCUGGAUGUGGUGCCACUUGUGGUGCCACUUGUGGUGCCACUUGUGGUGCUGGAUGUGGAGCCACUUGCGGUGCAAUGAGGAGACUACAGACUCCCAAUAAUACUAGUUGCGGAGCAGACUGUGGUGCCGGGUGUGGAGCAGGCUGUGGUGCUGGAUGUGGAGCAGGCUGUGGUACUGGAUGUGGUACUGGAUGUGGUACUGGAUGUGGAGGCUGCGGUGCUUGUGGAGGCUGUGGAAGCUGUGGAAGCUCCCAGAAUGAUGGCAACGGCUCCGGUGAUAUUACCCCUCACUAUCAACAUUACAUGAUGACCAUUCCUUCUGAUCCAGGAAUGCCCGGUGAGGCUACUUAUUUCCAAGGGGACGAUGUCGUCGGAUUAAUGUCCAAUGGGGUUCUCCUUGAUAGCCAUCAAGCAACAUGGGCCUACGAUAGCUGCGUUGGGCAUUCAGAUCGCAAGCACCAAUACCAUUACCAUAUCCCACCUUACUGCAUGCUCAAGUCUAUGGGAAUUCCUGUCCCAGACACACCCGAUUGGUGGACCAAUGACGAAGGCACUGAAGUUCGUGCUUACGGAGACAUGGCAGCUCAAUUCCCAAGCUCUUCCUCGAACACCAUGGUAUCUCAAACAACAAUCUCUUUUAUGCCAACCCCAGUCAUUGGUUUCGCUCGUGAUGGUUUCCCUAUUUUCGGCCCCUACGAUGACAAAGGAACGUUGAUGACUUCUUCCGGUGGCGAUCUCGAUGAAUGCAACGGCAAAACGGAUAGUAAGGGCAACUACGGUUACUACCUAACCGUAGAUCCUCCAUUUGCACCACCUUGUCUCCGUGGUGAAAUGGGCGUCUUUAGUUACAUCACCACCGACAAGACCUGUCCCGCCGAAGGUAUCGAUAACACCUUUUUGACUCAGUCUCAGAUCACAGCAUGCGAAAAUUCUGAGUCCUUUGAAGAGGCUGCUGCCUGUGUGGGUGCAGGGGAUGGAAGCCGCGGAGUGAGCGGAGCGAAUGGCAAACAAACUUAUUUGGUUACGGCUCUGGCCCUGGUCGUCGGUGUCCUUUCGCUUCUUGUUGCCUAA